CAGUCCACGGUCCAAACCCUCACGCCACUCCGCCGCCUGCUCAACUCCGACGGCGACCGCGAGCAACCCCCCCCCCCCCCACCCACCUCCGGGAGUCGGCGGGCGAGCUCGAGCUGCCACGGCUAAAGGCCCCCGAUCCGCCGGGAUCCAGCGGCGGGCGAGCGGGGGCGGCGAGGCGAGAUCGGGCGCCGCGCUUUGCUGGGCCCGGCGGGAAGGCCUAGGAGUGCGGGAUCGGCGGGCGGGCGGCCGCGAAGGGGUACCUCCAGCUGGCUGCGUCGCCGCCGGCAGGGAGGCAUCCAACAACUUCAUUCUUGGAUGUUGAAGUGAUUCAGCAGCUAGAGCAUACCAGGAUGGCGGUCAAGUUCCCCUUUACAACUAUCGUCCAACUUCUCAUCUGCUUCAUGCUUUGUCAAUCAUGCUAUGGCACAUUAAAUGACAUCAACUGCUUAAAGAGACUGAAGGAAUCAGUUGAUCCAAACAAUAAAUUAGACUGGACAUUUGGUAACACUACUGAGGGAGCUAUAUGCAGUUUCAAUGGUGUGGAGUGUUGGCAUCCUAAUGAAAAUAAGAUUCUCUCUCUUCGUCUUGGCAGCAUGGGUCUUAAGGGCAGUUUCCCUGAUGGGCUUGAGAAUUGCAGUAGCAUGACUUCACUGGAUCUCUCAAGCAACAGCCUUUCUGGUCCAAUCCCAGCUGAUAUCUCAAAAAAGCUGCCAUUCAUUACAAACCUUGAUCUAUCUUAUAAUAGUUUCUCAGGGGAUAUUCCAGAAUCCCUAUCUAACUGUACUUAUCUAAAUACUGUCAAUCUGCAAAAUAACAAAUUGACUGGAACAAUCCCAGGGCAGCUUGGUAUUCUCUCUCGCCUAACCCAGUUUAAUGUUGCCAACAAUCAAUUAUCAGGGCCAAUACCUUCAUCUUUCGGCAAAUUUUCAUCCUCCAGUUUCGCAAAUCAAGAUCUCUGUGGGAAACCUCUGAGCAAUGAUUGCACUACCACUUCAAGCAGCCGUACAGGGGUCAUUAUUGGUUCUGCUGUUGCUGGUGCAGUUAUAAUGUUUAUAAUAGUUGGUGUUAUUCUGUUCAUUUUCUUGCGGAAAAUGCCUGCCAAGAAAAAGGAAAAGGAUGUGGAAGAAAAUAAAUGGGCAAAGAAUAUUAAGGGUGCAAAAGGAGCGAAGGUAUCCAUGUUUGAGAAAUCUGUUGCAAAGAUGAAGUUGAAUGAUCUGAUGAAGGCAACAGGUGAUUUUACUAAGGAAAAUAUUAUUGGAACUGGUCGGUCAGGAACUAUGUACAAAGCUACACUCCCAGAUGGUUCAUUCCUUGCUAUCAAGAGGCUACAGGAUACUCAACAUUCGGAGAGUCAAUUUGCAUCUGAGAUGUCAACAUUGGGAAAUGUUAGGCAGCGUAACUUAGUUCCUCUUUUAGGCUAUUGUAUUGCUAAGAAAGAGAGGCUCUUGGUAUACAAGUAUAUGCCCAAGGGUUCACUCUAUGAUCAGCUACACCAACAGACUGGUGAGAAAAAGUCAUUGGAGUGGCCGUUGAGGCUCAAAAUUGCUAUUGGGGCUGCUAAAGGGUUGGCAUGGCUUCACCACAGUUGCAAUCCCCGCAUCCUUCACCGGAACAUUAGUUCAAAGUGCAUAUUACUUGACGAUGACUAUGACCCAAAUAUUUCUGAUUUUGGGUUGGCAAGGCUUAUGAAUCCCAUUGACACACACCUGAGCACAUUUGUCAAUGGUGAAUUUGGAGACCUGGGGUAUGUAGCUCCUGAGUAUGCACGCACCCUUGUGGCCACUCCAAAAGGGGAUGUUUAUAGCUUUGGAGUUGUGUUGCUUGAACUUGUCACCGGUGAAGAGCCUACACAGGUGAAAAAUGCCCCGGAAAACUUCAAAGGGAGUUUAGUGGAUUGGAUAACAUACCUAUCAAAUAAUUCUAUCCUUCAGGAUGCAGUUGAUAAGUCUUUGAUUGGAAAGGAUUAUGAUGCUGAGCUGCUUCAGUUCAUGAAGGUCGCAUGUUCUUGUGUGCUUUCUGCUCACAAGGAAAGACCGACAAUGUUUGAGGUUUACCAGCUUAUGAGAGCUAUUGGCGAGAAAUACCAUUUUAGUGCUGCAGAUGAUGAAUUGACGAUGCAACCACAGACUGCUGAAGCCCAACAGUUGGAUGAGCUUAUCGUUGCAAACUAGAGAGUUUGAAUGAUGAAUGGAUGUUGCUCAGAUGCAGGAGCUACUGUGAAGCUUCUAGAUAAUCAGGGUUAUCUGAACUGAAUGGAACCCAGCUCAGUAUUUUUUUUCCCAUUACUUGCAUUACUGAGCUACACUAGGUAAAGCAGUAAGCUCCAACAUAUGCAUGCCAUUUGGUUUGUAAGAUCUGUAUCAAUUAGCCACGUUAAAAACUUUUUCUGUAUAUUCUUGCCUUGUUGUGUACUAUCUCUAGGAUUGGCAUGUCCUGCUGUUGUAAGGUGGACCAACUGUAUCAGCAUCCGAACUUAGUUGCAGUAACUCGUAGAUUUUAGUAAUGUUGAACAGUACCACUGGGUUGUCGAUUCUUCACAUUGUUGUUUUGGUGCGUUCUUUUACCAUUUUUAUUUGUUAACGUGGAGUUGGCUGGCCCAGGUUUAACUACAGUUAGUGUCUACGGUAAUCUGAUGAGAUGUGGGAUCACUG